GAAAAAGAACCGAACCUUUUCAGAUCCCUCCCUGACAUUGGCAAACAGCCUCCUCAUGCCUCAUGAGCAGCCAGCAAGCACCAGCCCAGCUCGGAAACCUCCAAGGGCAGCCAGGCUCUGCCUGUCAGAACAAAUUGGGGUACAAUUACAGCAGCGCAUGGCUUCCUCCUGGUGGAUCUACGUGUCCCUCAAAGUCAGGUUAAAACGAGACAGAGGUCUUUACCCAAGCAUGAACCAAAGGAGCAGGAAAAACAGAGGCGCCAGCUGGAAUAGCUGCUUUGCAGGACUAAUUUUAGUGGCCUGUAUUUACUGCUCUUCCACAGGAGAUGGGAGAAGGAGCAGGGUGUUUAGUUUUGCAAACCCCAAGCCAAAUGCAGCCUCUGAUUCGAGUCCAGCCCAAAGCCUCCUGAAUGCUUUCAGACCUUCUUUCACCUAAGGGUCCCGAAGCGUUGGACGGGGAUGGCUGGUUAAUAGCUCCACCACCUUAUGUACGUUGGAUGAGAUACAAGCCACUCGCCACAUCAGAGAGCCUGUGACCGGAGGGCACCGCAUUACUUACGCCCUAUAAUCCUCUUCCCGUAGCGAUCCUCCCCCGCCACGUUGAGUGCAGUGUUUUCUUACUUAGUCAAGUUUAGACUUCAUCCCUUUCACACAGUUUUCAUCCCUACGUUAUUAUUUGCCAUAGAAAUCAAGUUUUAAGAGAGAAGUAAACAUGGGGUAGAGUUUCCCUAUUAUUUCGUGCUCUCUUAGUGAGAACUAUUGCUACACAGAUGGGAUCAGACGAGAACCACUCCGCUCCAGCUGCUUCCAAGCCAGCCUGGAGAACAAAACCAGAAAGCAGAUCCUAGUCCCAGACUGGAACCCACUGCAAGCCAAGCAGGAACAGUCUCCAGUUUCAGAUUCUGAUCUCAAUUAAAAAUAAGUAAAUAUGGGACUGGGACGGGCAAACCCAGCCUCACAGCAUCCCCACCCCACUGAUGAGGAACUCACAGCACAGCUAAGGUGACUUCUGUGCUGCUCAGAGCUGGGUGACACCUCCGUGGCCAGACCCUCGGGGUCACAGCACAGUCCCCAGACCUGGUCACUGAACCACAGGUGACGUGAUGUCUGCACCAGGAGCUUGCAAGUCAAAACAGACACUAACCAACAGCACGCAGUGCAACCUGAUAGCCUGUCCACUGGCUCUGUCAUUUCAAAUUCACCCAUUAUUCAGUCUCGAUCUUGCACAACACAGGCCCUGAAAUCAAAGCCCGGAUGCAACCAUGCAGGAGCUGGGCCAGCUCUGGGCAGUGACGGGUGACAAGGUGAGGCUGGUGGCACACCAGCCCCCUCCUGCUUUGCUUCCCAAAUUUUGCUUCCCAUUUGCAUGGUCCUCCUGUGGCUGCUGUGUUGUACGGCUGGCUUUGGGUGACACCGUCAGCCCUGGAGCUACUGUAUCCUCCUGCCCUGCAACCAGAGACACUCAAACCAGCUCACAAAACACCCUGAGCCCCAUUGUCCUCGCAGCUCAGGUACUUAUACUCUUUACAAAGGUUUUCUCCAAACUGUAUCUUAACCUCUUCACUCCUGCCACCAAAACAGAAGAGCCUGGAGUGUGUCGAUGCCACAAAAAUCCAUUUUAGGAACAAACGCCUCUUAAUAUUGCCCAGCUACAGAUUUAAAAACCCCGUUUUCAGAUCCUGUCACUACAGCAGCCCUGGCAUCUCCCGCUCAGGUGAGCAGAAAUUUCUGUCCUCCCAAAGCCAAAGUGCUGCCCCACCAUCCCUUCUCCCUCACGGGCACCUGUGGGGUGAGGAGGAGCAGAGCCAGGUUGGGUGCUGGGCACUCAAAUGCCUCCCUGUGCUUGUCCUGAGAGCCCUUCUCCAUCCCUCUCCUUCCUCGUUGCUGGAGGGGGUGAAUACAACUGAAAGUCAGACAGGCACCUCAGCAACAGCUCCCAGGCUUUAAGGAGCAGAGCUUUAAGGAGCAGAGCAGCACCCCGCCAGCUUGCCACCCUGCACCUACCCAUAAAACAUUACCUUUCAGGGGAGUUCCCACAGGAGGCAAGGCAGCAGCUUCGCUCACCCACGCCGGUGCUGUAGAUCAAGCGUGGCUUUGAAGACCUUUCCUCCUGCUUUCACUCCUGUCCCACCUUUCCUCCUGCUUUCGCUCCUGUCCCACCAGAUCACACCACCUGGCUAGCUCCACCUGCUGAAAACCACCUGGUAUCAGAUUAAAAAUCCCCCUUUUUUUUUUUUCUCCCCUCUGCAGACUGUCAGCAUUCACCAUGGCCUAGCAGCAUCAGGAGCGUUGAUAAACCUUGCUGCCCCCUCAGCUGCUGCACCUUGCUCGGGGUUGGUGCUGCUGCAACGCCCCCAGGGCUAGUUUUUUAUUCUGCUUGUACAAUGCACUGAGGCUGCUCUCUGACCGCAAUAUAGGCUCAGGCAAAAGGACUUCCAGGUUGGGCAUCCAGAUGGGAAAUCCUUUUCUUUUGUAGGGAAGAACCUCCCAGCUAUGCUCUCUAGAGACAGCAUCCAGAAGAAAAAAAAAAAAACCCUACAGGUACAUCAGAACUUCAUAGGGGCUCAGACAAAGGAAUUAUUUCACACGGGCAGAGGUUUUUGUACAUGUGCAUGAGGUUGGUUUCCCCUUCACCCACAUCCCAAACUCCUCCGUACCUUUCCUUGUCCGACCAUCCACCCCCAGCAGCGCACGCUGACAUGAGGAACUCUGAUUUUGUGUCUCAGACAAGGAUUUUUAAACCUGCUCAAGGCAAAUCACAGCUCAAGCUCUUGAGCAAAGAUAUCAAAGAGAGAGCAGAGCUGCUAAUCCCUUCGCUAUAAGCUUUCCAGCUACACACGGUCACAUUAAGAAGAACUUUCAUUGUCUGCAAACCUCAAUUUCCCUAACUACGAGAGGAGGAUGACAGUCUCUUGACUCCUGGGGUGUUGCCAGGAUUAGACAAUGUUUGCUCAUCGUUAAUGUAGGUUUUGGUGCCUGGUGUUAUUUCUAUAACCAUCACAUUAUAGAAAGGCCAACGAACGCAUUCCAGUGAGUCAGAGCCUUCCCGCAGCGUUAGUGCCGUCCUCAGAGCUUAGCCAGGCUCUGUAUUUGGAUAAAGCCCACCGCAACCCCCUCCUUCAGAGAUCCCAAAGUACGUCAGAGCGACAGCCUUUUCCUGUCGCUGCCUCGUCUCUGUGUUCAGGACGAGGAACACUUGGAAGAUGAUGCUGAAAUUGAAGAAGGGAAAGAAAACAAACCCAAACCACACAUACAGAAAAAAAAAAAAAAGUAAAAAUAAAUCAAAGUCUCCUCAGAAAAAUUCUUAGCAUUAGAGAGUGUCUAGCUAGGGUCAGACAGCAGGGAGAGGAGCAUGUGGAAAGAGAUGUGCUUAGGUAGAGAUUAAAAUGAAUGCUGGGAAAAGAGAAUUUCCAUUUCUUCUCUUCCAGUGAGAACCUGUUGCCAGCCCAGCACCUCAUGUAAACCAGCAGUCACGUUACCAAACCUCUUUCAUGGAGGAAAAUAUAGAGAACCUUGGAAAUAUAGAGAAUAUACACAUCUUCCGACAAAAACACAGACUUUUUCUGGAAAAGCAUUGCUUCCUUGACCCUACAACUCUUAUCUGGAAACCUCUUGCACUCCAAGGACACCAGGCAGGGCUGCAACCCCGAUCCCUAUCACCCUGAACCAUGGCUGAAGAUGUUUUUUCCUGGCUCUCCAGGUACUGAUACUGCUAACCAGCCAUAUCCCAAACUCCCUCGGCUCUCUGCCACAGGGCUUCAAGCUCACAGUCAGCCCCGGGAGCGCUGCCUUUAAACCAACAACGCACAAAUCAAACCGUGGGCGGGUGACAGAAAAUUUCAACAUACGGAAAGCAGAGAAAGGGCAGGCAAAGCUCUCUCCUGGGACUUUCUUCUCCUCAUCCUUGGCCUUCAGUACUCCACCUCUGCAUCCCUUGUCUCUCCCUUUACAAGGCACCCUGCCCACCACCUGCCCUAUCCCACCCCUGCCUACCCGCUGCAAACACCCCACGUCCUCCAGCCCACCCCACUGCUCCCCAAAUCCUCACUUUCCCCCAUUUUGUAAUUCCCCAUGUCUUUACCUCUCCCACACCCUCACCUUCCCCCCCUUCCACUCCCACCACCCAUCAUCACCACAGGUCACGGACACCCCAAACCGCCCAUUACACGCCAAACGCUUUUGGAAAAUUCUUCUCAGCCACAAAUUUCCAGUUCCCUCAGCCUGGGGCGGCUGAUUCACGAUGACUGGCUGCUGGCCGACCGCCCCAGCCCCACGCCGAUGGGGGCUGGUGUCAGCACAGGACAGGAGGCCAGUUUUGGUUUUGGGGGGCACAGGAGGGUGCUGAGCCGGCCAGAGCAAGGUGCUCAUCAGCACAGCACAACUGGCAACAAGACGACACGCCGCACGCUGCGUGUGCAGGGUCUGUGCUCCACUUGGAGCUUCCAGACAGCUGUUCGAGGAAAUUGCCAUCAGUGUCAGCCUCAGCACCACUAUUAGACAUCUCAUCUAUGUCCGGGCCCAGCUUGAACCCAUUUAAGUUGUAAGGGAUAAUGAGAUAACAGCAUGACAUGUUGCAGCUGAAGGUUAUUUAAACACCCAUCUGGUACCUGUUAGGCAGCAUACAUCCUAUUGUUGUAUAGGAAAUAUAUGCCACCUCCCUCCCAUAUGGAAAGGAGAAGAUCUAUAGACGUGUCCCAUGCUACCCCUUCUUUGUACAUGAAUGAGAUAAUUCUCCUUCUCUGUGUUGUUUCUAGCGUGUCACUUUGUAUUUUUUAACCGAGUUUGGGAGAUGUGGUCCCCUGCAGGUUGGUGGAACCUCGUGGAAGGACAGAAGACCAAAGUGAAGAAUUUACUACGGACAUUGUCCCCCUCACACAGUCAGUCAGAAGAGGCUCAGUUCCAGAUAUAUUUGAGGAGAAAAUACAGAUUAUCAACUGCGAAGCCUACACAACCUUUCUAAGACACAACUUGCUGCCGUGCUUUAUCCCAGAAAGAUUCAGGGCUGACCACCCAUCUCACCACUCUCAGGACCACGCUAUUCCUAGAGAGGAAGGGGAAAACAUCUGCUGAGCUCUGCGAGGUGAGCAGUGCAACCUGCCUGCACCUUUAACUCGGAUGUGCAGCCAAAAGAAUCUGCAGAUCGCAGCUCUGCCGCCUCAUUUCUUUAUUCAAACUCUCCGUCCUCCUUUGGGAGAUAACUUGGGCUGUUCUCGGUCCCCUCUGAGAUUGCCUGUGAGGCUCUUGUCCUCGGGGAGCCCGAGCAGCCGUGAGCACUGUCCUGUCUGAUAUCCCAAGAAAUCACAUUUCAUAACACAACCUCUGUUUUUAAGGCGAUGUUUUUAAAAACCUCCUUUCCUGUUUUUCUCGGGAACGACGUUCAGUCUUUGCAGUCGUCCUGCCCCCGUAAAUUCUGGCCCAAACCCUUUGUCUGACACCCCAUCUAGCGUUCAGCCCAGCCAAAUGCAGAGGACUGGUGCAUAGAGGAAACAGAGCUGACCGGAAAAUUCCCAGUAUUUUUUCAGCUGUAUCAAGCCACUUCUGUAAAAAUAUCCUUUGAACUGACCUCAGGAGAGUCCAGGCAAGAAGGAAACCUGCACGACGCCUCCAGUGCUGAUCCCUUCCUCGAGGCAGGCUCCGGCUGAGCUGAAGGAGAGGUGGCAGCCUGACAGCCCAGCGAGCCCAGCUCCGUGUGCCUCAGCUCCUGGGCAGCCCAGGGCAUGGGGCUUUGGGGACACCCCCCGUAGGGGAGCCGCCUGGGCAAGCUGCCUUGGAAUAAGGAGCCAAGAGCAGGAGCUGUGCCCGGCUCGAGGGCAGCGGACAGAGAGGACCCGAAAUGGGCAACGCCGUGGCUUUCCCCAUAAGCUGCACAGGGCAAACCUUGUUUCAAGAGACAUCAAGUGUUAAACGUGUGCACUGACUACUAAAUAAUGCUGUUCGGUGUUUUUCCAGCGACGCUUUUAAAAAUAAAAUGGGGAUUACUUACAUGUGCUUUUCACAUUUUAUCAUUUUAAAAAAUGUUUACUGAGAAAAUGAAAAACGUUUCGCUGUCUGUCCCUCCCCUUUGCAAGUACGCUGUUUUGGCAGGGCAGGGAUCACGAAGCUGUCAGGACAAAAUACCUGCUCUGAGAACCUGCUUUCAAAAAGCAGCUUUCUCAUGUGUCCAGUCCUCUGAGCUGCACAGAAAGAAACCUCCGGGCUGCACGCAGCCCCCCGCGCUGAGCCCAGAACAAGCACCGCUAUGGUCCUGUAAUCACCAGAUCAAUUAGCACCUCACUUCAGAUGAGGUCCCAGUCCUGCUCUCCUCAGAGCUGGGGUUGUUCUGAUCAAAUUCUCACUCUCCCCACGCGAUGCCGCCCGUUCCUGGGCGAUGCCCUGCUCAGACACUUUCACUUCUCACCACACAGAGCGGUAACUUUGCCCGCGACAUGAAAUCAUCAACACAUCCAGCUUACAGGAAAUUCGGCUCCCAUUUGCUGGAGCAGCCUGAAGCACCACGCUGCAGGGAGUUGUUCUGCAAUUUCUGUUUCGCUUUCCUUCCCUCCUGAGCCAGGCUGGCUUUCAGCUUCCACCAUGAAGCUUCUGAGCGUUGGUGUAUUCUUUGUUCUCGUGCCCGCCUUGUUGCCAGCCUUGGAUCCGCUCAGCGCUUCGCUCUUCAUGGGGGGUGCCGCCAUCACCUGGCAGCUCUUCUCCUCUCACUCCUGGCUCAAGUGCCGUCUCCUGGAGUGCUGCAAUGUGAAGGACACGCUGAACUUCUCAGUUGUGAAAACGGAUUUGGAGCGAAAAGUCUUUGGCCAGCAUCUUGCUGUCCAAUUAAUUCUGAGAGCUCUGAGCGCAAAUAUUUACUCCAAACGGCCCAAGAAACCCCUGGUGAUGUCCUUCCACGGCUGGACUGGAACAGGCAAAACGUUUGUCAGCAGUAUCAUCGCAGAGAAUUUCUAUCAGCCUAGUAUAGCAAGAAGGAGGUUUGUGCACCACUUUGACACGGUACUGCAUUUCUCACACGCCUCACGUGUCCAUCUGUACAAGGAACAGCUGCAGGAUUGGAUUCGGGGCAAUGUCAGUGCCUGUCCAAGGUCCCUUUUUAUCUUCUCUGAAAUGGAUCAGAUGCCACAUGGCCUGAUAGACUCGAUUACGCCUUUCCUUGGCUACCAUGAAGAGAUUGAUGGAGUUUAUUAUGGCAAGGCAAUCUUCAUCUUCUUGAACAAUGCAGGUGGAGAUAAGAUAACAGAGAUUGCUCUUGAUUACUGGAGAAGUCUGAAGAGAAGAGAAGACAUCCCUGUGAAGGAGCUCCAGCAUCUGCUAUCUGAGGAAAUUUUCAGGAACACAAACAGUGAGUACCUCUGGGCCCCAGUUCCAGGACUGCUGAUGUUUGGUGUCUUCUGCAGACUGGUCUGGGAAGUGUGCAGCAAUGCGCUGGCCUCUGCAGCACUCAGAUGGGAAAGCUCCCCAUUCUCUCUUCCAGGUGGUUUCUUUCAAAGUCAACUGAUCCAGAAGAACCUGAUUGACUAUUUCAUCCCUUUCCUUCCUCUUGAAUAUAAACACGUGAAACAGUGUGUCCGGGAGGAGCUGCGUGCGCAAGGGCAUCCUGAGGAUGAGGCCCUCAUCACAGAGAUUGCCUUGGCAAUGACCGACUACCCCAGUGAAGAAAGACUCUACUCCAGCAAAGGCUGCAAGACUGUCGCCUCCAAAGUGACUCUGAGCACCUAGACAUUCUGAGGCCAAACGCCUUGUGUUCCUACUGCACGACCAAAGCAGAUGAAAGAACCAGUAACUCCCUUCCCCAUCAAGCUACACGUCCUUGAUGGGAUUCGGGCUUUUCCAUAGCAGAGGGACCUUCAGAAGAGCCCUUAAAUAAAUACAAAGGGCAAUGCAACAAUCAUAGCACAGAGUAAGCAGAAGAGGGACAUGCAUGGAGGAUGAGGCUUGCUCUCUUUGCCACACAAUCACUCCCAAGUGUAAGUAUUUUAAAGAGGACAAUCUCCCACUUUUGUGGCAGGACUGUUUGCACCCAGCAUUGCCCUAAUUAAUAAAAUCUAUUCAUAAAUAACCAUCAUGUGGAGUAGUAUCAGCCUGCUUUAUACAGCCUGUCACCCACCUUCUUCACAGAAAUCACGCAGGAGAUCAGCACCACAGCUCCUGCUUUACAGAUGUGGAAACCAAAGCACCAAGGAGGAGACCGAGUGGUUCAAACCCAGGCGGCCUGGCCAGAGGCAGCGGUCCCAGUUCAGAAGCCCACACGCAUGGCACCACUGCCUCAUGCCAACGCGGCCAUCACACCUUGCUGAGCUGUCUGCUUGGGGAUCACAGCGCACCGGUGCCAGAUAAUGGCACGGAGAAACCUUUUGUGUCUCCACGCCAUUUCUCUUGGUCUCUAGGCACCGGUGCUGGCUCACCGUGUGUCUGUCUGUGGGAGCUGCCUGCUGCCAUGCUCACAGAGGGGGCUGGAAGCAUGCUGAGGUAGUGGUUCGGCAGGCUGCCAUCACUGCCUGCUGCCACGUCCCCGUGCCUGAGGCUGCCAUGCCAUUCCCUUGGGCUGUGGUGAGGGAGGAGAGAGAGAGGAGACUGGGGGCUGAGGCACUGUUGUGUUAAAGUAAUUGGGAGUGAUGCCCAAUUAGCUGUUAUAAGUCUGUCUCUGCUCCACACCGAGCUCCGCAGUGCUCCUCUUACAGUCAGCACACCGAGCUCCCCCAGCGUGGCCAACAUCUAAGGUCGGGGGCCUAGGGAACUUGCAUGGAGUGCAGCCACACUGCGCCCUGGAAGCUUCUUCAAGGAAAAGGCUGGAUGUGGUGCUUAGGACAGGGUGUAGCGGUGACAUUGGUGGUAGGGGACGGUUGGACCCGAUGAUCUCGGAGGGCUUUUCCAACGCUGAUGUCUCUGUGAACGCGGGUUUCAUUCCCAGUGCCCUUCAGGCACAGCGUGGGGCCGUGCCCCCACAGCCCACCCCAGAGGAGCUCUGGGGGGGGAGCUGAGGCACCGAGGCCUGGUCCCAGCUCACCCCAUGACGUCACCAGAACCUAAUGCCGUCACUGCGACCCGUGACGUCACCCCCAGCGUUACGUCGCGACCCACCCGAAUCACCAAAAGGGCGCUCCCCCCCUUCCCCCCCCCCCCCCAGUGCCCUUAAC